AUGGCCCCAAGCACUCAGGCUGUCUCGAGCUAUCUCGCCAGCCUCUUCAGCCUCGCGGGCAAAGUCGCCGUUGUGACGGGUGGCAGUUCUGGAAUAGGACGCGAAAUGGCUAUUGCGCUUGGCCGCGCAGGAUGUCGUAUUGUUCUCGUUGCGCGGCGGCCGAAACCGUUGCAGGAUACUAUUGAUCAUCUCGCCGAUCUCCAUGUCACGGCUGAAGCCAUCGUCGCGGAUCUUGCGGACCAGGUUUCAGUGCGGGAUGCGAUUCACGCUAUAAAAUCGAAUGCGGGCACACCAGAUAUCCUCAUCAACGCCGCAGGUGUCAACUAUAGACCUCAUAUGAACGAUCUUUCGCAGGGAGCGUGGGACGAGACCAUCGCAGUGAACCUCACCGCACCAUUCACCCUCGGCCAAGCAUUCGGCCCAGAGAUGGCGAAGAAGGGCUGGGGACGCAUCAUCAACAUCAUCAGCCAACAAACCUUCCGCGCCUUCGGCAACAGCGGCGCAUACGGAGCCUCCAAAGCCGGUCUCCUCGGGCUAACACGCUCCCAAGCAGAAGCAUGGUCCCGCCACGGAGUUCUCUGCAACGCGAUUGCCCCAGGUCUCGUUGACACGCCGUUAGCCCGGGUGGCAUUUGACGAUCCUGCGAAGGCUGAGGCUCAUGCUGCGAGGACCAUGAUUGGACGAAAUGGAGUGCCGAAGGACUUUGCUGGGGUUGCUGUUUACUUGGCGAGUGAUGCGAGUGCGGCGGUGACGGGGCAGACGAUUUUUGUGGAUGGAGGGUAUUCUUGUACGUGA